AUCGGAAGCAUGGAUGAGCGCCAUAGCUCCGCCCCGUAUUAACCAUAACAAGGGACGCUCUCUUUUCAUUGGCUAUUUGUAUCUCAUGAUGGUUAGCGAGCUUUGAGCUAGCAAUGCUAUUCGUGGACCAAACCCGCUACUUUCGUGAGCACUAGGAUUAAAACUCAAAAUAGGAUUGGCUAAAUUGCUAACAGUUGACUGCUGUAAUCCUCACAGCAAGUGUUGAUGUGAAACACGGAAGUAUUCAAGUACAAAUGUGAUGUUUGUUUUACCUUUAACGGUAGCUAGCAACAAUGGAUGCUAAUUUCUUCAUUUUGGCCAUCGCUUGCUAACUAGAAAAUAUUUGCUAGCAAGAGUGGCAAGCAACGUGGAGUAAAAAGCAAUGUUGACAAAUGAACUUGCCAACGCCAGGUGUCAAGAAGAGGAAGCAUAGACUUACUAGCCAGCUAAAUGGGGUUCUCUUACUGGGCCUUUACGCCGGAUACUGAUUUCACAGCAAUGUGAGCCAUUUUGGGAAAGACCCCUGAAGGCUGCGUCCUGUUUGAUAUGGCUCAAAUUUUAUGCACCUACCAGGUGACCCAGAAUGGGAAAGCUCUGGAAAUAGAGGGGCAUGGAGGUUUGGACAAGGCAGGAGAUAAAACAGAGACAUCCCCUGUGAAUGAGAACCCAGAACCCUUUUCUUCUGAAGAAGAACAGAAGAGACUAAAUGCUUUGUCAGAUGAUGACUUUCUUUCAAAGGACAAGCUUGAUGCUUCUUGGUCCCAGAGUUGCCCCUUCACCAAGUCUCUGCAGAAGGCGGAGGCCCUGCUGAGGACUCGCUUCAACCCCAGCCUGAGGUGGCUACUGAGGCAGAAAAGUGAUGAUAUGUGGGAAUUUGAGAACCGGGAUACCUUCGUAGCGUGCCAGAACCUCACCUCUCAGUCGUCUAGCAGGCUGCAGCGGCUAGACCAGGGCAUGCUGGGUCUCAGUCCACAGUGCCAAGUGUUGCGGGGGCCACGGACAGGCCAGCUGCAGAGUUGUGUCAGGGGCCUCACUACAGAGGGCAGUUUCUACCACCACCCUCCAGCCGCUACCCUCAGCCAGCAUUAUGGGCAGUUGCAGUACCUACUGGAACAGCGGGCUCAGCUCCUUUUCCUCCAUGAGUAUGCCCGGCGCACCAGAGUCACCACUGUGUACGUUGACAAACUGACUAGCCUGCUGGAGCGGGAGCUAGGUUUGUUGAUGGACAGGAGUCGAAUCCUGGAGCGACCAAACUCUGCCUGGAGCUUUGGGAUGGGAGGCCUGUGCCAGGAACUACGUAUCCACGUGAGCCAUUGGGAUGCUCUAUGUGCCAAAGCCCAGUCUGACGUCUGGCUGAGAACUGUUCUGUUCCAGAGGACAGAGACCCUUGCUGUCAUGCGGCGGACACUGAGAGUGCUGGGACUGCAGGCCCUGGUUCUGAUGGAACGUUGUAUCUAUACAGCCCUCUCCGCUCUGGCCUCAGCUCAGCUGGCCAGGGUGCCUAGAGAUGCCUUAGAAGACCUGCUGGCUGGGGCAGAGGUCUUUAACCAGGUACUGGAGGAACAGAAAUUCCAGCAUAGAGGCUCGCGGUGGAGAACUCAGACCCUGCAGCUGUCUGACUGGCCUGGGCUGUCUUGUAGGCAGCCCACCCGGAGGGGUAGCCUUCCUGCACCGUUCCCAGUGGUUGAACUGAUGAGGAUACUAGCAGAGCACAGGGGGCAGAUCGCAGCAGAGCAGCUGUACCAAUGGGCUUCCCAACAGAGCUUCCUCCACUCCCAGGCCCUGCACACUGGAGCCCCAGCCCCUACGUGGGAGAAAUUAGAACUGUUAUUCCCGCUGCUUUUCCCUCUACACCCCUCAGAGCCCAGUCCUGAUGGACUCACACUGGAGAACCUCCCUGGGCCCUCUUCAGAUGAAUCCAGGUUGGGAAAACCCUGUUCCUGGUCCUCUGAUCUCCCCUUUAUAGCCUUCAUCCGUCAGGACCGAAAGUCUCUAGAGAUUCUCUUCCAGGCCCUGGUGUCCUCCACAGACCUGAUGGCUCCACACAUCCCCAACAGACCCAGGCCGGAGUGUACCAACACCCCAGAACAUUCUCAAAGGUGCUUUGAGGGAGAGUCUUCACCCACAGAUGAGGCCAGGCAGGAGAUAAAGAGACCCAAGUCAGUCCAGUCUGGGGCCUGUGUGGAGCUCUUUGGUCAUUACAGGACAAUGCUGUGGAGGGAGUUUGGCAAAGCCGUCAUUCAGCGCUUCCACCAGCCGCCAAAGAGAGACCCUUUGGGCAGUGUUAACCAGUGGAACGACCAGAUGGUUUUCCAGCUUGUGAUGUGGCUCAACCAUGGCUGUAGAGGAGAGCUCAUCCCUGAAGAGUGUAGAGGAGUGGUUGAUGACUUCAUCUUACAGCUCCUGUCCAACACUGCUUUUAGGCACUGGGAUGACGUGAUGUGUGCGUCACUGGGCUCAGGACUGAAAGAUAAAUGUCUUCCAGGAGUCGAGCGUGAGAACUGCAUGGUGAUGACAUGUACCAUGGAGAGACUAAUGCAGCUGUCCCCUCCACUCCUCACAGUGCUGCAGUGUCUUCAAACUUCAGCCCACCUGGUCCAAGGUGACAGUAAUGCUCGGACUAUGAGGUCCCUUCACAUAGGAUCGCUGAGCAGAGUGGUGGCAUCUGUCCGAUCCUCUACCUUCUGGGUCAUGAGAAAGGCCUACCAGUUCCUUUCCUCCUGGUCCCUCAACAAGUUCCUGCUUGUCACCCUAGGAGACCUCAAGGUUCUGAGAGCAUCAGUGGUGAGGCUACUGCAGAAUGUGGAGGCCCUGAGUGUGAAUGAAAAUCAUCUCCUCAAGCUGCUGGCUGCACAGCUUACUCAGAGUGUCACAGAUCUACAGGUAUUCUCUGAACUGGUGCUCAGAAUCUUCUCCAAGGACUGUAAGAGGAUGUCUGAGGAGAUCUUUUUGCAGACCAUGCCCCCAGCAAAGCACUGGAGAGUGAACUAUAAAACAGAGUUCCCCAGCAGCCCUAGUGAUUACGCUACUACUGCAGCUCAGAGUGUAAUAGGACAGGUACUGGAGGGGGUGCAGCCCCUGCCUGAGGAGGCUCGGAUCCCCGCCCUGACAGAGGCCAUGACAGCCUUCAUGGAGGCCUGGAUGGAGCACAUCCUCAAGCAGAAGAUCAAGUUCAGUAUCCAGGGGGCUCUACAGCUGAAGCAAGACUUUGACUUGAUCCGGAACCUGAUACGCUCUGAGGAAUACAGCCUGUCAGAGGAGAUCCACCAGAGGCUGCUCUCCCUCCGGGUCUUCCACCAGGUGGACAACGCCAUCGUGUGCCUGCUGCAGCAGCCCAUGGCCAAGCCCUACAUGCCUUCGCGGGGCUGGGAGCCCUUCAGACGCUGCUGUCCAAGUAGUGCCAAUAUGGUGGACCAAUCGUCUAGCAGUCUGAAUAAUUUUGAGAGCAUGGACCUACAGUCUGCAUGUCAACAGGCCCUGGCCCAGGCAGAGGGCUCUAUGAGCCCUGAGCUGCUGGCCUCCACCCCGCAGGAGUCCUACCUGGCCGUGGCACAGCAAGAGUGGCUGGACCUGCGCAUACACAAUGGAAACCGCUGGAAGCUCCCUGGGCUGCAGUGCCUGACAAGGUCAGAGCCCUAACCCUCAGGUAUUCUAUGUAGAAACUCAUUCCUCCUCCAGUCCAGACACUGGAAAUUAACAGCCUUUUGGCCUAAAGGCUGUCCUACAAGGCUGCUCAUCUGGAAGCCAUUUUGCUCUUUGAAUUAAUAAAUGUGUUAAUGCGCUAGGGCCAGUUUACUAGAUUAUGAAGUUACUAGGAACAUUUGGAUGUUACAUUUCCUGGGACUUCAUCUGAACAAAUCAAAGCCAUGUCAAUAGACUAGUAUUGAAGUUAUUUAUGUUAUCAUUAACGACAAAAGGUAGAAAGUAAUAACGUUACUGAAGUUUUUUUGGUUCUUUUCAAAACAACAUUUCAAAUAUUGUGUGUAUCCAUGGCAUGUGCAUAUAAUUUAACAUAUUUUUGUAAAUCUGUGCUAAUGAACUAAUGGAAAGUAAAGAUUUGUUUUUCA